UGUUCAGACGCACAGGGAAAUCCGUCUCGCUAGUUGAGAACAGUAACAAGUGAACAGAUAAAUACAUGCUGUCUCCGGUAUGGACUUUAAGAAGAGCCGAUAUGGAAGGUUCAUGAAUGGCAGAGUUCCAUCCAGUAGGAGAUACCAGCCUACAGACUACGAACACGCUGCCAACUGUGCCACACAUGGACUCUGGAUCAUCCCCAGCCUGGUGGGCGGGUCUGUACUCUACUUCCUGUCUGUGGACCAAUGGCAGGCUGCUGCUGCCUGGUUGUACGGGGCGGGGCUUAGUGGUCUAUUCAUCACCUCCACUCUGUUUCACACCGUGGCCUGGAAGAUCAGACACCUCCGUAGAGUGGAGCAGCGUUUCCACAUGUGUGACAGAAUGGCCAUCUACUUCUUCAUCGCUGCUUCCUACACCCCCUGGUUGAUGCUGAGGGAGUUGGGUCCGUGGUCGAGUCACAUGCGAUGGAUUAUCUGGAUCAUGGCAGUUAUCGGCUCCACAUACGUCUUCUACUUCCACGAGAGGUAUAAACUGUUGGAGUUACUAGGAUACGUGGCCAUGGGGGCGGGGCCUGCACUUGUCAUCCUGUCCAUGGCGGACAGGGCAGGUUUGUGUGAGCUGGCGGUGGGUGGGAUUUUCUACGUAGUGGGUGUGGCCUUCUUUAAGAGCGAUGGAGUCGUCCCAUUCGCUCACGCCAUCUGGCACCUGUUCGUUGCCAUGGGAGCAGCUACACACUACUACGCUAUCUGGAGACACCUGUACACUGAGACACACACCUACCGUGGUGCUAGCUAAACAUGGAUCUGGUCCUGUACACACCUGGACACUGAGACACACACCUACCGUGGUGCUAGCUAAACAGGGAUCUGGUCUGACUGUUUACAUGAUGACAUCACCACAUCCAACUCUUACAAUUAUUAGUAGAAGUACCACAGUUACCAACAUGCUGGAAACAGGCUUUGAUUAUAUAAUGCCUGUAUGUUCCACACCAGAAGGAUCUCUGACCAAUUAGAGACAGGAAUUAGUGAACUCUGUCCAAUUCUUUAAGAGUUGACAGGAAUCAGUCAACUACCAGAAGGAUCUCUGUCCAAUUAGAGACAGGAAUCAGUGAACUGAAGGAUCUCUGUCCAAUUAGAGACAGGAAUCAGUCAACUACCAGAAGGAUCUCUGUCCAAUUAGAAACAGGAAUCAGUGAAUUGAAGGAUCUCUGUCCAAUUAGAGACAAGAAUCAAUGAAUUACCAUAAAGAUCAUCAAGGACAACAACCACCCGAGCCACUGCCUGUUCACCAUGCUAUCAUCCAGAAGGCGAGGUCAGUACAGGUGCAUCAAAGCAGGGAC